UGGGUAUUCAACGCGCGGUGUUCGACUUGUUCCGGAGCUGCAGAGUGAGACUGCAAAAUGAGUAAGUCCGUUCGUGGUGCCCUGACUCCAGGUAGGAUAGUCUCCACUGAUGGGAUCAACGCUAGAACCAGCCGUCUUAACCAGUUGUUUCUUGGAAAGACCGGCACAGCAGGAUGGCGUACGCAUAUCGCCAGAGAAGGACUUCUUGAUGCCCUGCUGGUGCUCUACGAAGAGUGCAGUGGUGAACAACUUAUCAGAGAUAAGCAUAUCUCUACGUUUGUUGCUAAAUAUAAAUCAACAAUCGAUGAAGUGAAGAAUCUUCGAAUCGGAAUCAAUGACUUUGAGGUGAAGGAUGUGAUUGGGAGGGGUCACUUUGGUGAGGUUCAGGUGGUGAGAGAAAAGGCCUCUGGUGAUGUGUAUGCUAUGAAGGUACUUCAUAAAGAUGGCACUCUAUCCAAGGAGAAUAUGGCAUUCUUCGAAGAGGAGCGUGACAUCAUGGCCCGCGCCAGCAAUGAUUGGUUGACGCAGCUCCAGUAUGCCUUCCAGGAUCGCCACAACCUGUACCUUGUCAUGGAGUUCCAUCCUGGUGGUGAUAUGCUCUCUCUACUCAGUCGAUUCGACGACGUGUUCGAGGAGAGUAUGGCCAGGUUUUAUCUGGCCGAGAUGGUUGCCGCAAUCCACAGCUUGCAUACUAUGGGAUACGUACACAGGGAUAUCAAACCAGACAAUGUUCUCAUCGAUCGGACCGGUCACAUCAAACUGGCUGAUUUUGGAUCAUCAGCUAAGCUGUCUAAGGACACCAAGGUAUACGCCAAGAUGCCCGUGGGGACGCCAGACUACGUCGCCCCAGAGGUCUUGAUGAGUAUGAACAGCAACGAGGGCGUAUAUGGUAUCGAAUGUGACUGGUGGUCUCUGGGUAUUGUAGCCUUUGAGAUGCUCUAUGGGCACACGCCCUUCACUGAAGACUCCCUCGUGGUGACUUACAGCAAUAUUAUGGACUUCAAGAAUAAGUUGACGAUUCCUGCAUCACCAUCUGCCAGCGAGCACGCUAAGAGUUUUAUUAAAGGUCUACUGAGUGAUAAGACAACAAGGUUGGGUUACAAGGGACUAGGGUGCCAUCCUUUCUUCAAUAGUAUAGAAUGGACAACACUCAGACAGAGUGUGCCGCCCUUUGUCCCUACAGUCACCAGCGUGGACGACACCUCAAACUUUGAUGAUUUUGAUGCUGAGCCUCCCCACUCCAAUAUGAGUCUUGCGUCGAGUGAGCGUGGCUUCUCAGGACGGGACCUACCAUUCAUCGGCUUCACGUACACCAAGACGCUGGCCACUCAUUCUGCUGUGGAUAGCAUCAAGAGUUCCGUGAGCCAGGAGUGUGCAUCACCAAUGACCAAGAGUAACCUGGAGCGUCGUCUGGCAGCCAAGACACAAGAACUACAAGCUAUUCAUAGUAAAUACCAUCACACUGAAGAUUCACAGGCUGCCAUGACCAAAAAGGUAUCUGAGUUGCAGGGAGCUGUGAGAGAGAAGACACUGUCGCUGAAGGCCACUAAAGCAGAGAAAACAGAACUGGAGAAAGACCUAGCUCUAUCACACACUGAAAUCGCAAAUCUGAAGAGGAUGUUGGAGUUGGAGAGAUCGCAGGUGAAGGCGUCAGACACCAAAGCUGUGGAGCUCCUGGGCCAGAUUAGAAACACCAACAAGAAGACCACACAGCUCAAAGAUGAACAAUUCAGGGCUGAGCUUGAGGAGCACCAGCAGGCCUUGUCUCAGAUGGAGCUAGACCGCUACAUGGCUACUCAGCGAGGUACCAAGAUGGAAGCAGAUCUUAAGACGAUUACUAAGGCGUGUGAAGAUGCCAAGUCAAAGGUCAUUGAACUACAAGCCAAAUUGGCCAAGAGCAAAGAAGCCUCAAGACACCAAGUGAAGGAACUUCAGACCCAGCUUGAUCAGAUCUCGGCCGACAGCACUAAAGAAACGGCAGCACUCCGUAAGAAGCUCUCCAAAGCCGUGGAGUCUAGCAAAGAAGCAACCGAGCUGAUGGCUAACCUACGUCAGGAGAAGAAUAAACUUCACGACGAGCGUCGUAUGAGUCGGCUGCAGCGAGAAUGCUGCCAGGAUAUGAGGCAGAAGCUACAGGAUGCUGAGGAUUGCCAGAAAUCUCUGGAGCAUCGUCUACGUACCGUUGAGCAACGUGAAUCUAGACUAAUGGAGGAGGUACAGUCUAAGCACGGCCUUCACCAGAAUCUUACCAAACAGAUUAUCGAGAUUGAAGAGAAAUACGAGGCUGCCCACGAGGAGCGCAAACGGCUUGAGAGAAGUCUACACAAGAAGGAAGCCGAGAUGGAGCAGAGACUUAGGGAUCUGCAGCAGCAGCUUGAGAUGUCCAAGAGGCAGCAGCAGCACAUGGUAGACAGACAUGUUGCUGGUGCAUCCCAGCAGAGCCAAGUCAAGAUUCAGGAACAAGAUGCUACUAUCACCAUGCUACAAGGUAAAGUGGGCGUGUUGGAGAGACAGAUUGAGGAGAUGAUGGAUACCAAAGAUAAUAAACUACUCCAGGAGAGGAAAGAACUCAAGCGAGUUGGUGAGGAGAGGGUCGCCGAUCUGCAGCAGGAGAAGUACUACCUGGAAACACAGCUGGGUAAAGUAGAAUGUGAACUGAAGCAAUCACUCAUCAGCCAAGACAGCCUCAAGAAGAGAAUGCAUGAACUACAAGAGCAUCUUAAUCAGAUGACGGAGUACCAGGAGACAGAGCUUCAUGAGGUACGUCAGCAACUACGAGACGCCCACGCUACCACCCGGGACGCCAACCAAAACAUGCAACGUCUUGAAGAUAGCCGAGCCAUCCAUCAAGAGAAGGCAACUAAGGUGCAGAUGAAGCUGGACUCGUACAAGCAAGAAGCGGAAGACAAGCUGCAAGAAAUACAGCGAGACAAGUCGGAGAUCGAGGAGAAGUUUGAAACGCUCCGGAGUAGCUGCUCUGUCAUAACAGACCUGGAGGAGCAAUUAACGGAGACGUCGGAGCGCUGCCAAGAGCUGAUGCUGCAGAAUAAUGAGCUAGAGAAUGAGAUCGAAGGACUUAGGGAGGAGAAGAACGGACUUGAGACGGGGAAAGAGGAGAUGGAGGAAGAACUGGGGGAGAAGAGGAGGACAUGUGGGAACCAGGAACUGACUAUCUUAAUGUUGAAGUCAUCCUGUGUGAUGCUAGAGGAGCAGAUCGUUGACAUGGAAGCCUUGAAUGAUAAGAUGGAAGAGAAAGAGACUGAGUUGAGACAAGAGAGAGACGGACUGGUCCAAGAGAUCAAUGAGAACGAGUUACAGCUACAGAAAACCACCCAGGCGCUGGAGUCUGAAAAACAAGCUAGAGAAUGGUCGGAGCAGAAACAGAGAGAGGUGAGCAGCAAUCUAGAAGAGAAAGAGAAAACUCAUCAAGCUCAGAUUGAGAUGUGGAAAUCACACGCCAAGGAGCACAAAGAGAAAAUAGCCGCACUCACCGAUAAUAUCAAUGCCUUGGAGAAGCAGAGUGCCCUCCUUGAAGUCAAUCUGAAAGAUGUCCAGAAGAAAUACAGCGAGGAACAAGAGGACAAUGCUCAACUGGAGCAAGAGGUAUCAGAGCUGGAAGGUCAGCUGCAGAAGAGCAAAGCGACAACCUUCAAGCUGACACAGAGCCUGGAGGAGGCCAUAGAGAGAGGUGAGCAACUGAAGGCAGAGGGACAGGAUCUAGACAACCAGAUGGAGACAAUGCAGGUGCAACACACCCAUGAGAAGGUGAAACUUGACGGUACGCUGGCCCAGCAGACUAAACUGAUCGACUUCCUUCAAGCUAAGACCGAAGCUCCACCCAAGAAGAAGAAGAAGAGGCUGUUUGGUAAAUCGGCGAAAGAAAGCACAAUGUCGUCAAUCCCAUCAAUCCCGAUGCAGUACAAGGAGCUGCAGCAGGCCUUGGAGAUGGAGAGAGUCAAGAAGAGGGAUCUACAACAGCAACUGACUAAGGCCAAGGCAGAGCUACAAGUUGCUAGGAUGGAAGUAAAUACAAAGCCUCGGUCGGACUUCAAGACGCCCAGGCCCUCUUCCAACCCGGCCAAUCCUCGUCUUCUAUCAGCCAUCGCCUUAUCCCCAACCAACCAGCCCAGCCCCAGUCUCUUCACACCCAUCCCCAAUGCGAGGGCCAGCUCCAAACGCAAGACGGCCCAGAGCGGGAAGGAUGCCAAACGCCCCAAGGAGCGCAUGAAGCAUAACAUACCACAUCGAUUGGUCAUGGGUCUUAAUACUAGAGCCACUAAGUGUGGUGUGUGUGUGGAUACUAUACACUUUGGACGACAGGCUGCCAAAUGCCAGGAAUGUCACCAAGUAUGCCACCCUAAGUGUGCCCCGUCCAUGCCCCAUACCUGCGGCCUACCAUCACAGUACGUCCAACACUUCAGUCAUGCCAUGCACAGUAAGACUGCAUCACCGACGGUUGGCUGCCCCGUUACAGGAGACAGUGAGGCUAUUGCAUUACAGAGCUGGAUGAAGAUUCCAAGAGUCGGCAAAUCAGGAUGGGACAAGAAAUGGGUGGUCCUGGAAGGGACCAAGCUUUGUGUCUAUGAAAAGGAAAACACAAAUGGUGGUGGCCAGACUGUCGAUGAGUUUGACCUCUGUCCAACCGACGGCAGAGUCACAAUCCACACUGGCAUCACAGCUGCCGAGCUGGGAAACACCGCCUCCACGGACCUAGCGUAUGUCCUUCGCAUCGAGUCGCACCCUCACACCACCUGCUGGCCCGGUCGCUCCCUCUACCUCAUGGCCGCCAGCUUCUCCGACAAGCAGCAGUGGAUGAUGACGUUGGAGUUUGUCAUGAGCGAGGGCAGUGUGGGGUCAAAGGUCGCCAGGGAUAAAGCGAGGCUCCUGGGGAAUACCCUACUCAGUCUGGAAGGGGAGAACAAAGUGGAUAUCAACUGCACUGUGUUGCUGAGCGCAGAGUUGAUGCUGAUUGGUUCCGAGGAAGGUCUGUUUGCCAUGGCAACGACCAAGAAGGCGCAGCCUUUGUCGCAGCUGAGUGGAAUUGAAAGCGUGUUCCAGAUGAAGGUUAUGGCUUCGAUAGGCAUUGCUGUCUUGACUGUGGGUUCUGAGCGUAGACUCUGCUAUGCUGAUCUGACCCACUUGAAGACAAUGGCGAGCCAGGCUAGCGUCACUGAAGCUGUCAUCAACUACACUCCAAUUGAGAAUAUACAGGAGUGCCACCUGUUUUCCUAUGGGUUUGUGAAUGGAGCAGCGUACAUAUGCGCAGCUACCCCUCAUAAGAUCACCAUAUUCACACACAGUAAGCAGAAUGGAGUGACAAAGUUUACCCCACGCAAGGAGAUCAACACGGCGGAGCCAUGCAGUUGUUUGUUGUUUACAUCCAACAGUCUGCUAGCAGGGACUGAUCGUUUCUAUCAGAUUGAUCUCGAUCAAUAUCAAGUUGAUGAGUUCCUGGAUUCCAGCGAUACCUCGUUGGCCUUUGCCGUCUUUGGUGCGAGUAGAGUCAACAGUUUCCCGAUCGCUGCAGUACAAGUUGCCCCCGAUGGCUUCGACAGAGAAUUUCUACUGUGUUUCCAUGAGUUUGGAGUGUUUGUGGACAGCAAGGGUCGUCGUACGCGUGCCGAGGACAUGAAGUGGUCUCGACUGCCGUUAGCGUUCAUGUUCCGUGGGCCGUACCUGUACGUGACCCACUUCAAUUCAAUGGAGGUCUGCGAGAUAAAACCACAUGUUGAACAGGACAGUCGUGGUGUACACACCUUCUUGGAUCUGCCCAGCCCACGUCUAGCAGGAUACGGUAUCACUCAAGGCACUGUGUAUGUAGCUAGUACUUCAGAUGCUGGUAUUGAUCUAGUAUGCCUGAAGGGUCAUGCAACCGCUGGUAGGCCUGACUCCAAGGAGCAAGAUGUACCGGCCAGGUCCCUGAGGAAACGGCCCCAGGCUGGAGGGAGUGUAGCUGCUAGAGGGAGUUCCUUGAAGCGCCCUCUAUCGGAGGACUCUAUCAACCAGUCAUCCAGUAAGUAUCCUCGCAGUUCGUAUUCCAGUCAGGAUUCCAGUAUACUCAGUCGUGCGUCGUCUACCUGCUCCUCGAGCACUGUCUCAUCAUCAGGCAGUGUAAGACGCUCGCCUCGCUUUAAGACGAUGUCGUCCUCCGAUGAAGAGUCCAGUACUAGCUGUAGCUCACUGCAGAAGAUAUUCACUCCUAAUAGGACCAGUAAGAGAGGCAAAUUCACUGAGGUCUAAUACCAGUAUUUGCCGUUUUACUAGAUCUAAUUUUUUAUGGUACUGCUCGCCUCACUUUGAGACGAUGUCAUCCUCAAAUGAAGAGUCAACUACUAGCUGUAGGUCCCUGCAGAAGAUCUGUACUGAAAUAUGUCUGGAUAUGAAGUUUUCCUUUUUCAAACAGCAUCACAAUUUGUAAGCACAAAACAACAUUUUCUGUUUUGUUUAAUUUCUGUUGACAUUUUUACUGACAAAUUUUGAUUGAAGAAAUGAACAAUAUUAGUAAUGUCUGGGCAUUUUGUAAUGACUGACAGAUAUGGAACGUCUCUCUAAAGGUUAACUUAAACCAAGACUUGAAGGGUCCGAAAUAGUCUGCUCUCCUUAUAAGGGAUGUAGAUGAUGGAAAUCAGUAUUCACGAUUGUAUAUUGCAUACAGUGAAACAAGCAAUCAAUAAUGCUAUACUCCAAUGUACAUAUUUGGUAUUCAGCUAGCGGCAAAUAUUUUUUAUUAAGCAUUUUAAGGUAUUAUUUUGAAUAAUUAAGGGAUGCUGUUUAACUACAUGUACUUAUUGCUUCAGUGCGUUGAGGUCGAAGGUCAGUUUUGCUAAAACAUUCUAUAAAGUACAUCUAGGACUCAAUUGAAACAGUUAUGAUACAGUUUCAGGGAAUGAUUUCAUCAAGCGAUUUUUGCAUGGCGAAACAUUUGGACUGAACAAGUUUUGUGCGCACUGGUAUUAAAUGCUAGUAUUGAGUAGCAAAUGAUGAUUUUUGAGUAGCAACUGACACAUUUUGUGUAGCAUUUUGCUCUGCUAUACAAGGGAAAUCAGUCACUGCAGUUUAUACAUAGCCAAAACAUUGCACUACCAAACUACGAAGGUCAGAUAAAAUGGUUCUUCCUUCGGGUACAUUCAGUCGCCCAAACUAAUCAACAUUCCUGGUCAAAGGAUUUUUAUGAAUUGGUGGGGGAUUAUUGUGGAGAAGUUCUCCUCUUAAUGCUAAGUUUAUAUUUAACUUCUUAAAUAACUGCUUGCGCAAAAACUUAUAUUCACGCUUUGCUCGCUGCUCGUUUUAUUCCGACUGGCGAAGUGUUUGUACUAUAAUUAUCAUAUCGAUGCAAUAAUUGGUUGUUACCUAAAAAUAUAUGUAAGAUCUCUUAUACUUUCAAUUUCUACAUUUUUUGGUUGCAUAUAUAUCUGUGUGUUUUUUACGGUGGUAAGGGAAGCCAUGAAAAUGGGCACUUGUGAAUUGGGACAUUACAUGUACAUUGAUCAGCCUUUAAAAUCAGAUCAUUUGCUGUUGCGUUUGAGUUUGUUGGCAAGCUCAACUUCAACAAUCCUUUGAUGUGAAUUGGCACAGACAGUGAGUCACUGUGACACCAUUCAUUUUGACAUUUUGUUCUUUUCUAGUCGGAAUGUUUGAAACUAAACUUUUUCAUUCAAACCAUAUAUUGAAAUGCCAUUUUUUAAUAUAAUAUUUGUAGAAAUCGAAUGAGCUUUGAAUAACCAUAUGAACUUUAAAAAGUCAUUUAUAGACAUAAUUCACCUAUUGUAACUGUAAACUACGCGACAAUUGAAUGAUUUGUAAAUAAACCUGUG